UGUGGAGAUUUGUUCAAGUUUAUUUGAGAAUAUGUGUUGGGGGAUUUGUAUUUUUGGAAAUUGGGGCUGUGCAUGUUGUGUGUCUCUCUCUUGUGGCAACACUACAUUGUGAUAUUCCGUGUGUGCAUAGAGCGGCCAUAUGAUUUGAGUUUUUCAGUAUUUUUUUUAGUUCUGUCACAAUUGAUCGUACUGAGUAGUAGCCAGUAGUGGUUAUAUAAUAUUCUUUCGUUUACCUUUUAUUAUUCUUCUAUUUUUAAUCAAACAAUUAAAAAUAAAUUUAUUUAAUUAUCGUUUUCUUUCUGUUUUAACAAUUAAUACUAAAUAAGUGAACUGAAAUCGUUGUGAAAUUGUGUUUAACGAAAAUAUUUUCUACAAAAAAGUGCCGUUAUUUGAAUAUUAUUCUUGAAAAUUAAACAAAAAAAAAAAAAGAAACGAUUUACAACUUUAACCGAAGUUAAAGGAGAGAAAUUUCUACGAUCAGCUUAAAUAAAUUAAUAAUUUUUUUUAUAUACGCCGAAAUUUAUAGAAAACAAAUUAAAAUAUUUUUUUCUAUAUGAAAGAUUUUUGUCAAUCGUUUUUUAUCUUUAUUGUUGUUGUUUGUGUUGCUGUUGUUGUUGUUGCUGCUGCUUAUUGUACGUACGACUGACUGGCUGAUCGACUGAGGAGCACUAUAAUAUGGGGAUCGUGCAGUAGAAAGAUAGAUGGUGGUGGUGGUACGGUACGAUAUGGUUUGGUUGUAUGGUGGUAAACAUAUGCGUAUGUGCUAAUUUAUAAACUUUUAUUAUAUGAAGAAGAAGAAAAAAUAAAAUAAAAAAAAAAAUAUAGAAAAAAUACGUUGGUAAACGGAGUACAGCCAUUAAUUUCGACGCAAAGACGGUCGACCAUUAUUAUUGUAAUAAUAUAAAACGCUGGUGGCUGGUUAGCAACAAUAAAGAAACACUACAUUAAAUAAAAAUUAAUAUAAUAUAACACAAUAUAACAAGUGAAACUUUAAGAUAAACUGCGUAAAUAUAUUAAAGAAAUUAAUAAAAAAUUAAACAAAAAAAACAUAGAAAACAAGCAAACACAAAAAUAAAUAAAUAAAUUCUAAAUAAAAAACCGCGAUGAUGAUAAACUUUAUGAUGGAUUACGUGGAAAUAACAAAAAACCGAAAGUAAUUAAUGUAAAGAAGUAUUAUAUUAACAAAGUGAUGAUUGAUUUUAAACUACAAUAAUAACAAUAAUAAUAAUAAUUAAAGGGGGAAAAACAGACGACGAUAAAGAAAAAAACGAUUUACGAAUUACGAUUAAAACAAUAAUAACAAUAAUAAUAAUAAAAACAAUAACAAUAAAGUAAUAAAACAAAAAGUACCUACAUAAAAUUGAAAAAGAAAACAAAAUGGCUGAAUCUGGUAUUGAUUUGGAUUUUGACUUUGAAAUUGAUUAUCAAUGUCCCAUGGAUGAGGAUAGACUCGAAGAUGUAUUGCCUUCGGUUAAAGUGUCGGGUCCAAAUUCGAGUGAUGUUGAAUUCUAUGAGCUUAAAUCGGCUACACGCACGAUUAGGCCCGAUAAUAUACCAACGUUCAAAACCGUUACACCCACCUCAAGGACACAAUUGAAAUUACAGUUACAGAGAGAGCAACAGCAGCAAGAGCUAGAACGAAGAGAGGCCGAAAAAAGAGAAACUGAUGUUUUUCAACAUCAACAACAACAACAGCAGCAUCAGCAGCAGCAGCAACAACAUCAUCAAUUGCAAAAUGUUUAUCACAAUCAACAGCAGCAAACAAAGCAACAAAUCAAUUUGGAACAACAGCAUAAUAACAGUACUAACAACAAUGUGAGCAACAGUCCCCAAGUGCAAAUUCAGUCUAACAACAAUAAUAGUGGCGGUAACAACCAGAAUCGCAAUUCAAGUUCUGACAGUUAUGGCUCAAAGAAUAUGGACACUUUAAUGAUACCUCAAGCUCAGUCGAGUCCAGUUACAGUCAAAGUACCCCUGCAAUCGAUCGGUGUCGAGUUGCCCCAACAGGUUUUGCAAGUGCGAACAAUUUUGGAAAAUCCCACUCGUUAUCAUGUCAUACAAAAGCAAAAGAAUCAAGUGCGCCAGUACCUCAGUGAAUCAUUUAAAACCCAAACCGAUUGGAGCGGUCGAGCCGCCAACUCUCAGGCCAAUCUCAGAGUAACCGUAGCCAGUUCAAAUCCCAAUCAACAGCAACAGCUGCAAAAUAACGAACGUUCCAGCAGCAGCUAUACACUUGGCAUGAAUGCCAACAACAGUAUUGUAAAUGACAACUGUUCAUCGGUGAACAGUUCUCCGCGGCAAAUGCGCAUAACACCGGCUGCAUCUCCCAACAGUGCAACCAUACUCGAUGACAAUAUGCCCUUGUCGCCCUACAGUAUGGGCAAUAAUAAUAGCAAUGGUGCCAACUCCUACUAUAUGCCCUAUACCAGCUCAGACAAUGGCAAUCAACAAUCAUCGCUCAAAUCGUUUGGCAAUAACUCGGCCAGUAACUUGGGCAAUAGUAAAAGUGGCAAUAAUACCUCCUUAGGCAGCCGUUCGAAUCCCGGUAAUCUGGUAAAAAUGAUGCGUAAUACCAACUUUAUGAACUCAUCCGGUCCCAGUGGCCUGGCCAGUCCUAUACAAUCAGCCACUCCCAGUUUGAGUUCAGUAGCGACCAGUAAUUCCGAACUGCCACCUUCGUUCGAAAGUGAUGCCGAUCUGGACUUUGAGGAUAUUUUGCACAACAAUAAUCUAAAUGACACUCUCAAAUUUGAUGAUUCAUUUUCAUCGGACCUAAACAUAAAGCAGGAGCCAAGUUCUAUGAGCGAAGCGGAAGUCAAUGCAAUGGCCAAAGAUCGCCAGAAAAAGGAUAAUCACAAUAUGAUAGAACGUCGCCGACGUUUCAAUAUAAAUGAUCGCAUUAAGGAAUUGGGCACCUUGCUGCCGAAAACCAACGAUCCCUACUAUGAAGUGGUGCGUGAUAUAAGGCCCAACAAGGGCACAAUUCUAAAAAGCUCUGUUGACUACAUAAAAUGUCUGAAGCAUGAAGUGGCACGUUUGAAACAAAACGAAUACCGACAACGACAGAUCGAGGUGCAAAAUAGGCGCCUACUGAAUCGCAUAAAGGAACUGGAAAUGCAAGCCAAAUCUCAAGGUAUACAGCUAGCAGACUACAACAACACCUCCGUUUCAGCUCCAACACCAACAACGUCCUACCUAAAGAAUGCUAGUCCUUCCAACAACAUGAAUAAUCAUCGUUCUACACCGUUAAUCAACAAUGAGUUACCACAAGAGCAGCUCUCAAAUAGUAUAACUAAUAACAACAAUAAUAAUAAUAACAACUCCAAUGAAAAUAACCUCAAUAUCAAUAUCAACACCAUGGAAGACCUCAUGGAGGAGAGUAAGCAUCAUUUGUUACAGGGUAGUAGUGUCGGUGAUGGUGGGGGAAUUGAUGAUAUGCUUUCAAUACCCACCAAUCAGCUAUUGCAAUCAGCACCCCAUUCACCCAAUCUACAAAUGCAGUGUAGUGUCAACAGUUACACAUCGAACGGUGGCAAUGAUUGCAACGAACACAACCACAAUGGCAGCUGUUGUAGCAGUAGUCAUCAAUUGUCCCUGGAUGACAUUUACGCCAGCAGUUCACCGGUAUCUUCACCAGCGCAUCAUGCUAAUUCAAACACUACCUCUACGACGCCCACUCCCACAAAUCAUCAUCAAACACCCCUCAAUACAUGUUGCGAUGCUGGGGGUAGUCUCGGCUGCCUAUCCAGUAGCUGUCAUCAUAAAUAUCAACACGGAUCAAACAACACACUACAACAAUGUCAACCAAGUCCCAACAAUACCUCAACUAAUUUUGAUCUAAUGGUAGCUUGUGGUUCCGACACAAUCGGCGAUUGCCAUCAUCAUCAUCACCACCAUCAUCAUAAUAAUAACAAUGACAGUUUGGCCGCAUCUCCCACCUCAUUACAGCACGGACGAGAUCCUUUGCUUUCCUCAUCUCAUCAACAUCCUCUCGAUGCUCAUUUGGAUGCAUUAGAUCAACAUGAUUUACACCACCAUCAUCAUCAUCCAUUGCAUGAUGAUACCGAUGAUAUGGAUCAUCAUCAGCAUCAUCAUCAUCAUUCUGUUGAUCUCGCCAGUGCUAUAAUGAGUGACACAUUAUCGCUUGUCUCAUCCAAUCCCUCAGAAUCCCUACUGCUAUCUUCGGAUUUUCUAGACAUUGAUAUGUCGUGAUAGUUAGUGCACAAUUAAACGAACGUGAAAGUGCUCACAAAUUAGUAAAAUUUUUAAAGAAAAACAGAGAGAGUGAGAGAGAGAGAAACAGAUAAGGAGAUGAAAUUUUUUAUAUUGCUCAAAAAUAUCAGUGUUAAGUAUUCAAAAGAAUGAAUCUAUUUUAUAUUGAUAUUUUCAUGUAUCAACAACUACUAUUUUCUCCCAAAAUUUUUG